GUGACUAGAAGCGGCGAUUUCAAUUGGAGCGGCUGUACAACAUCAACAACAAUAAACUUCGCACAGAGAUAUACUAUGUUGCAUUUGAUAUCAGCAGUGGGUGUACAUCUGGAGCUAAAUGCGGGAUGCAAUGGUUACAUAGCAACAACAUAGAGGACAACGUUACCGAGCUAACGGCCAAACCCACUCCGUAGCAGAUGAUGGCGCACAGAGAGCUGAGUCUGAUUGACAAGGAUGUGUCAAGUUUGUUGGAGGUUCCUCUGAGUCCCACAGUGACAUCACUCAAUCUGCACUGCAACCGCAUCUCGAGGAUCGAAGCGCUGACCUCAGGCGGCCACCUGCGGCACCUGGACCUCUCGUCCAAUCGCAUCUCUCGCAUCGAAGGGCUCGCUUCCUUGACAUCCCUCAGGACCUUAAAUUUAUCCUGCAACUUAAUCGCCAAGGUCGAAGGCCUCAGCGGCCUUGUGAACCUCGCCACACUAAACUUAUCCUACAACAAGAUAAACAGCCUUACCGGCUUGCUUUACCUCCACGGAGAGGACUACAAGCUGAAGCAGCUCAGUCUCCAUAGCAACUGCUUGGACAGCAUCAACCACCUGCUGCAAUGCCUGCUGGGAGUGCAGAAUUUAAGGGAAGUCACCUUGAGCCUGGAUGGUAAAGGCAACCCUGUCUGCAGCCUGUCAGCCUACAGGAAGAUGGUCCUGCAGUCCCUACCACAGGUCUGUGUCCUGGAUGGCGUGGACCGCCUGGGGAACGAAGCCCCCCUAGGGGAGGACAGCCCCGGGGACACCCCCGGUCUGGAAGACUACGCAGACUUCCUGUUCUCCUCCGAGACCAGCGGCAGCGAACAGCUCUCUAAGGGGGACGGCGCUCUCAGCACCCCCCGCAUCAACCAGGUCCUGGCUGAGUUCCGCCAGAGGGGCGUCCCCGGGGAGACCCAGGCCCCGCCCCCCGCAGCUGCUCCGGCAGACCGAGUUAACGAGCAGCGCAUCAGGAAGCUGGAGCACCAAGUGUCACAGCUGUUCCAUCAGACCCUGGCAAGCGCUGGGCCCGGACCCUCCAGGCUGCCGGUACAGAGGGCCAAGAGGGACAUCGACCACACGUCGGAGAGCGAGGGCGACAGCGGGAAGGAGAACCGGAGGCGGGGGGGAGCCUCCACGCGGCGGAGCACCAGCAGCUCCAGGAGCACGCCCGCCAGCAGCACGCCCACGCCCGCCAGGGCCGCGCCCGCCAGGGGCGGCUUCAAGGGGGUCAGGGCCCGGAGGUCGGACAGCGAUCAAGAACCGCCUAAACGCAAGGGCCCCACGGGUGCAUUGGGGUCCCGGAGGGGGGCCAAUGCCCCGAGCGUUGCAGCGCCAGUGGUGACAGCCAGGGGGGGGUCUUCCAAGACCACCAGGGCACCAAGGGAGGAGAACUCUAAGCCGACCGCAGAAGAAGAAACCUACAGGACCAUCGUGGAGGAGCGGGACCAGGAGCGGGAGCGGCGCUGGAAGGCGGAGCAGGUCGCCAGGAGGCUGACGGAGCAGCUGAGCAGCCUGCAGAGCCAGGCCUGUGAGGGGAAGGACCUGCAGGACAUGGCCCUGCACACCACGGACAGGCUUAAGGAGCUGCUGCUGCGGGAGCGGGCGGGACGCCUGGGCCUGCAGGGGCGUGUCGACGAGCUGGAGGGGCGGAGCCAGGCGCUGGGCCAGCAGCUGGAGAAGGCCCGCGCGGACGAGGAGCACCACAAGAGGGCGCUGGGCGAGCUGGAGGAGAGCGUGGCCCGCGCCGACGCACUCCGGGCGGGGCAGCAGGCCGAGGAGAUGAAGAGGCAGCAGGAUCUGCAGAAGCGGGCGAUGGCUCUGAAAAGGGAGGCAGAGCUCCAGAAGGCGGCCGUUCGUCAGCUCAGAGCCCAGCUGCAGCAGCAGCAGCAGCUGCUCACUACCAGGGAGCAGGAGCACAGGAAGGAGCUGGCGUCGCGGCUGGCGCCCGGCGGGGAGGAGUUCCGGCAGGCGCUGGCGGCGGAGGGGGCGGCGGCGCAGCAGAGACACGCCCAGCGGGAGGCGGAGCUUGAGGAGAAGCUGGCAGCGGGGCGGAGCCAGUACUCCGCCCUGGAGGACGAGUUCCGCAUGGCACUGACCAUCGAGUCCGCCCGCUUCUCCGAGGUGAAGGAAGCAUGUGAUCACCUGAGCGCGGAGCUCUCGCAGAGAAGGGCAUCGCUCGCCCAGAGCCAGCAGAGAGAGAGGCGCUCGUCCGCUCUGGUGCAGGAGCUCACGGCCAUGGUGAAGGAGCAGAAGAGACGCAUCUCCGAGCUCAGCCGAGCCAAGAGAGAGGCUGUUCAGGAGCUGAAGUCGGAGCAGGACCUGCGUCUGGGCCUGCAGCUGGAGCUGCUGAAGAAGGACAAGUCGCGGCUGCUCUCCCAGCUCACCGCCCAGGAGUCGGUCAUCGACGGCCUCAGGGCCGAGAGGAAGAUCUGGGGCCAGGAGCUGGCCCAGCAAGGAGUGUCGCUGGCCCAGGACCGCGGGCGCCUGGAGGCCCGGGUGGAGGUGCUGACCACGGAGCUGGAGACGCAGAGGAAGCACAGUGAGCAGGACGGAGACGCCCUGCGCAUCAAAGCCAAGAUCAUAGACGACCAGACGGCCACCAUCCGCAAGCUGAAAGAGGGGCUGCAGGAGCGCGAGGAGCUGACCCGGCGGCAGCGCGAGGAGGCCGCCCAGGCCCAGAAGAGCUUCCAGCGGCGGCUGGAGGAGGAGGCGGCGGCCCUGGGCGAGCUCGGGGACCGCGUGGAGCAGCUCACCCUGCGAAAGGAGCAGCUCAAGCAGCAGCUGGAGGAGCGGGAGCAGGAGCUGGACGAGCUCAGAGCUGUUCACAGCUCCUCCAAUAAGAAGUGGCAGGAGAAGGCGGGGCUGUUGACCCGGCUGGAGGGCCAGGUGAUGCGCAUGAAGGACAACUUUGACUCCAAGGAGCGCCUGCUGCUGGAGGAGAGAAACAAGGCAGCAGAGGCUCAUAAAGCUGCGGUCGACAAGCUGCACAGUGUGGACGACGCGUUUCGCCGACAGCUGGAGUCCCUACAGGCGACCCAUCACGCGGAGCUGCUACGGCUAGCCAGCGACAAGCAGAAGCAGAUAGAACGAGCCAAUCAGAAGGUGAUUCAGGUGGAAGAGGAGAUGCGCAUGCUGCUGGAAGAGACGGAGAGCACCAAGAGAGUCAUGGAGCAGAAGAUGACACGCCUCUCCAGCGUGCUGAAAGACUUCUGAUCUUUUACCCCGGUCCCUUUGUGAAAGAAUGUCUACGUUUGAUGUUUUAUGAAAAUGUAUGUAUGUAUUAUUGGCUAUAAGUCUGUUUAGUAAAAAUAACCUUACUAUUUUUAAGGUUUAAUGCUCUUUUGUUUCUAUUUAUUAUGGAGAAUCAUGACUGAUGCAAUAAAAUGUGUUUAUACUUUGUUAUUGUGGACUCCUGCUCUGGUUGAAGGUGUAAUACCCUGUUUUCCAAGUUCAUCUUCUCAAAGGAAUACAUUGGUUUCUACUGUUCUACCGCACAGAUUGGAGCAGAUUUAAUAUCUGGCUUGAAGCAGAGAUUAGUAGUCACCAUGUAUGUGUGUUUGAGAGAUUUCAGAGGAGCCUUAACUGAGCUAAUAACCUACGAACCCUGAGGGCAAGACACAUUUGA